CCAAACACAAAUUAAAAGGCAAUUAAAGAGAGCAAUGGCAAGUAGAAAUGAAAAGUGUAGCCAUUGUGGAACAACACUAGUGGUUCCAUCAGAGGUUCAUGUCUUCAAAUGUUCACUAUGCCAUGGAAUCACACAUUCUAGACCACCCUCAAUAAUGGGUCCAUUGAGCCAUGCAUACAAUUCUGUUUCUCAUGUUGCAGAUAGGUUUAGAGGCUUCAUAAACACUAUAACUAACAACAACAAUCCAAGAUUUGGUUAUAACAAUUAUUAUUAUCCUCCAAAUCCUUAUCAUCAUCAAUCACUAAGGCCAUGUUCUUCAUACCCUUCUAUGAUGAUGACUCCAAAUUCAUAUGGUCCAAAGAGGGCAGUGUUAUGUGGAAUUUGCUACCAUGGAAGGAGUUAUAGGCUUAGGGGAUCUGUGACUGAUGUAAAGUGUAUGAGAUAUUUUCUUAUGAACAAGUUUGGUUUUCCAAGUGACUCUAUUCUCAUGCUCACAGCAGAUGAUAAGGAGGAAAGAAAUCCACUAAGAAUUCCAACAAGAUGCAACAUUGAAAUGGCAUUAAGGUGGUUGAUUGAGGGUAGCAAGUCAGGGGACUCAUUAGUGUUCUUCUUCUCAGGACAUGGAACACAAGAAUUGGACCUUAACAUGGAUGAGAUUGAUGGCUAUGAUGAAGCAAUUUGCCCUCUUGAUUUUGAGUACCAAGGCAAGAUUCUUGAUGAUGAGAUCAAUGCCACAAUUGUUAGGCCACUACCUCAUGGUGCUAAACUCCAUGCAAUUUUUGAUGCAUGCCAUAGUGGCACCCUUCUUGAUUUGCCAUUUUUUUGCAAGAUAAACAGGGAAGGGUUUUAUAUAUGGGAGGAUCAUAGGCGUCCAAGAAUUUAUAAAGGGACAAAUGGAGGGCUUGCAAUUUGUAUUUCAGCUUGUGAUGAUGGUCAAGUCUCAGUAGAUACCUCUGCCUUAAGUGGAAGAGAAGUAACUGGUGCCUUGACUUAUAGCUUGAUCAAAGCAAUGGAAAAUAAUGAACAUGGAUUAACAUAUGGUCACUUGCUCAAAGCAAUGCGUUCAACCAUUCGUGCAACCAAAACAGGCAUAGUUGGUUUAAAUAAUGGUCCAAUUGCUUCAUUGCUAAAUACACUUCUUGGCCUAAAAAUUACUCAGGUGCCGCAAUUAUCCUCUUCGGAGAUGUUUGACAUCUAUGCAAAGCAAUUUGUGAUAUGAUAUCGAUAUAUGGAAAUUAAAGAUGGAAAAUGCUACUCAAAAUUAUUCAUUUCAUAAAAUAUAUAUUUAAAAAUGUACACUUC